AUGACUCGGACUCCCAACACUCGCACAUACUGGGACUAUACCUUUCAAUGGACUGACCUUCAUCAGACAUCCGAGCAGCUUCGUCCCCAGAUGUUCACCUAUGACAAGCUUGUCGACGAAUGCUUGGAACGUCUAGAGGAGCUCGCGCCUGCCAAACAGGCGAUCCAUCCGGAGAGUACGGUACCCGUCGAAGGCGCCCCGAAACUACCCAAACGGGAUUUGUACACUCUAGUGAGACACCAUGCAAAGGAUGACCCGAAAAUCGCCCGGCUAUGGGAAGAGAUCAAUACUGUCCCGGAGUGGGUAGACUGGGACCAAAUUAAGAGAGGCCAGGAGGUCUUCUUCCGUUACGGCAUGCCCAUGCUGAAUGUGCUCAGUUUCGAAAGCCUUUUGGGUGGAAUGGGCUCCCCUCGUGUUGUGGAGACGCUCACUCGGACUGGCGGCUUCGCCGCAGACGUCGUGCGCCGUCGUCUCCUUGAAACUCUCCAACACACUCUUCAAGUUUCCUUGUCCCUGGAGUCGAUGAAGCCUGGCGGAGCCGGCCAUGUCUCGUCCGUCCGGGUGCGGUUGCUGCAUGCCUCGGUCCGCUCACGAAUUCUCAAGUUGGUCAAGGAACGUCCGGAUUACUAUGAUGUGGAAAAGUGGGGAGUACCCGUGAGUGAUCUCGACUGUAUGGCUACCAUCAACACAUUCUCGACGAGCGUUAUCUGGCUCGGUCUCCCCCGGCAGGGGAUCUGGCUUCGCAGCCAGGAGAUCGACGACUACCUGGCGCUGUGGAGACUCGUGGCGUAUUACAUGGGCACGCCAAAUGAGCCUUUCCGUGACCAAGCCCACGGCAAAGCCAUGAUGGAAUCGCUGCUGGCGUCGGAGAUCGAUCCCACCGACACGGGGAAGAUCCUGGCCCACAACAUCAUCAUCGGUCUUGAAAACACGGCUCCGACGUACGCGUCCUCGGAGUUCAUGGAGGCGAUGGCUCGACACCUGAACGGCGACAAACUGUCUGACCGACUUGCCCUUGCGCCAACCAGUCUGUACUACAAAGCUCUCAUCUACGGGUACUGCUUCAUCGUUAUGGUGACAUGUUAUUGCGUUCGGAUGAUUCCACCGCUAGACCAGGCCACUAUCGAACUCCGCCGCAAGCUCUACUAUACUAUCAUUACCGACAAAGAGGAAGGUCUCGGGGGUGAAUCAUUCUUCGAGUUCAAGUAUGUUCCCUUCUUCACCCGCACUACUCGUCUGGGUAAGCGCAAGAAUCAGAAGACCAACAAGCGUGGCAUCGAGGCGUUGGCCCAGCUUGGUUUGCUCGCAGCUGUUGGCUCUGCAACGGCGUUGGUCUAUGGGAGUGUGUACAGCCUGCGGAUGUUGACCAAGGUGUGA